AUGAGGCGUUGCAGAGAUUUGGUAGCCAAUGCGGAUGAUCCUCAGACACACGUGAACGCUUCGUGUUGGAAAAUAAUGUGGUCGAACUGUCAUCUAUUGAUUAUUGUCAUGCUUCUGUUUCGGUCUGCUCUUCCAUAUAAGAAUGAGUAAUCGCUAUGCGGUCAUUCAAGGAGGCGGGUGUCUCACGUCGCGGAAUCCCACAGUUGUAUCGCGAAUCGUUGCGCGGCGCUGAGAGUCAAAGCGGCCCGUUGUAGGAGCUCGUACCGCACAUCGUUGUGUGAUGGCCAAGUGGACACGGUUAUUUCGCCAUCCGCAGCGCUGUUUAUGCAGGAUUACUGUAUGAGACAAUCGUACACCAUUCCGUGCCUUGCCUGAGACACAUUUUCCCAUAAUAUGGCUGAUCAGAGCAACAUUCAGUCCGCCGCCUCCAAAAGCAUCAGGCCGUUCAAAUCCAGUGAGGAAUACCUGUAUGCCAUGAAGGAGGAUCUGGCUGAAUGGCUGAACACGCUGUAUGAUCUGGACAUUUCGGCGGACACUUUUAUGGAGGGUCUGGAAUCCGGCUGUGCGCUCUGCCGGCAUGCCAACAACGUGAACCGCGCCGCCCACGAAUUCAAGGCGAAGUAUCCAGAUGCGGCGCAGUCGCUGCGGAUACCCAGCAAGGAUGUGGUUUUCCAGUCGAGGAACGUCAUACCUGGAUCCUUCUUAGCCAGGGACAACGUGUCAAACUUCAUCGGCUGGUGCAGGCAGGAGCUCUGGAUCAAAGAUGUGCUCAUGUUCGAGACCAACGACCUGGUGGAGAAAUGUAACGAGAAGAACUUCGUGCUGUGCCUGCUGGAGGUGGCUCGCCGGGGGGCCAAAUUCGGCAUGCUUGCACCAAUGUUGAUUCAACUGGAGGAGGAAAUCGAGGAAGAGAUACGGGACCAGGAGAACCUGACAGAGGCUCUGGGGGAGCCGAGGCCGCCGGACAGAACGUUUAGCCGGAAGAAGAGCAUCGGCGAGCCCGACCCAGAACUGUUGGCCCGCUGGCAACAGCAGCAGAAGAAAGUCCUCUUGGAUAUGCGCAACCUGGACGAGCUGGUAAGGGAGAUUCUGGGCCAGUGCUCCUGUCCAUCACAGUUCCCCAUGACCAAAGUCUCAGAAGGGAAGUACAAAGUGGGAGACUCCAGUGCACUGAUCUUCAUCAGGGUGUUACGGACUCAUGUGAUGGUGCGUGUAGGUGGAGGUUGGGACACACUUGAGCAUUACCUUGACAAACAUGAUCCCUGUCGCUGUGCCGCGUUUGCUCACCGGUAUCAGCAGUCUAAAGCAAGUGGUCAGGGACCUCACAGCAAGAGUUCCAGCACUCAAUCUUCCCGUUCUACAAGCCCUGGACCUCACUGGCACAAUGAGGGUAUAGCCCACUACAAAACUGCUGACAGGCGCUCUUUAGAUCCUGCAUUAUGCUCCAUGGCCCAUUCCUCUCCCUCGCGGCUUGGCAAGUCGCAACAUGCAGCUGUGCCAGUGGAGACGGAGACUAACACGGGGCGACCCACAACACUCCUUCCACGACACCCACAAGACAGAUCAGAGCCACGCCACUUUAAUCCCCUCAGAAAUAAGGAAUCUCUUCUUCCAAAGACUCGCAGGCUUUCAGGGGACAGUGACUCCUCUACAGCUUCCUCUAUAGGUGGAGGAAGCAGCACAGGAGGAGGUUGCCACUCUUUGGGUACACGGCAUGCACACGGAGAGCAGGUGGUGCUGCUAGUGAACCGUAAGGAGGGGAAGCAUGUUAUCGAGCGUCCUGGAGCAGGGUCACAGGUUUCAACUCUGAGAACCUCUCAGGCCUGCGCCCGUAGUGCUUCUAGAGAGCGCUGUGGUCCGCAGUCCACCUCCAUCCUGAAACCUAGCCCACCCAAAGGGCCAGCAGAAAAUCGCACCUCUCGCCCUGAGAGAGGCAGAUCCAUGGGCCCUGAAGGUCCACGGAGGCUCCAGGCUCCAUGCUCCCUCAGCCAAGGCAAGACACCUAGAGGCCAACUGGGUGAGGUCAAUCCUGGGACAUCUCCUCGCCACAGAGACCCUCAGCCUCUCUCCAUGGAUCGGAGAGAGGAACUGAGGCCCAAGCAUGUCCCCACAGCCACUUCAAGAAUAAGCGUAAACUUGCCAAGAAGACAGACGUCUGCCUCCAACUCACCUGUGAAAGGCACCACCAUUGGAAGUCCUGGGAAGAAGGGCAUGGUUAUGCCACGACCCCCUGCCCCACGUUCACCUUCCUCUGGGAGUCGAAAAUUACCUCCCCCUGUCUCAAAGGCAGGGCGGCGCUCUCCACAUACUUCUCCACGAUCAAGUCAUCACCAUCUACCACGUUCCCCUCGAACUACACACAAUCCACGAUCCACAGGGAAAGACAAAAGAGGGUGGGUAAAUAGCCACCACCAGCAGCAGGAGAACCAGGAGGAUAGCUGUAUUUUUAGUUUACACCUGUUGCCAAGUCUGGACCCUCAAAGGGAAGAAGACCUGUAUCGCAGCUUUGAGAAUGAGUUCCUGGCCAACACAAAACAAGCCAGGGUUGGGCAGGGUAAAGCAUCCACUGCAAGGGAAAUAGGGUCCCUACAGCUUCCAGUAACCCAACAGGGUUUAGGGGUGCUCCCAACAUCUACAGGUGACACUAAUAUCACAGACUCAACUUAUACUUCCUCUAACUCUUCAUCUCCUCGUGCCUAUGCUCUCGAGGAUCCUCCCACCCUUCUCCAUAGCCAGAUUCGCGGAGGCUUUCGCAAUGGGGGGCUACUGGAUGGAGAAAGAUGGGGUGGUAGAGGUGGCGGUCUCCGAAAGCUCCCAGCCAUCUCCAGCUCCACAGAGGGAGGUGAGCUCCUGCAGGCCUCAAAUCCAGGCCUAUCCAGGCUCCAGAUGUCCCAGUCUAUGUGCCUCCACAAAGAUCUCAAUGGAAGCCAUGGGAGUCUCCCUCUGGCAGAGGUGCCAAUGGAGAGCCAGCACGAACUGGGGACUUGGGCUGGGGUUGAGGGGGAUGUCCCAAAAACUGAAGAUCACCCUGACCUGCCAUACGACAGUGCAGAUCUAAAUGCUGACCUGCCAAUUCCCGAGUCCUUUCCCGCUCCACCACCACCUCCAGAUGACUGUUCUUACCAGGACUCCUCCAGUGAGAGCUCCUCCAUGUGUUUUAGUCUAAGUGAACCUCCAUCUGAGGGCUCCUGUACUCCUCCUCCACCACUGGCCAAUGGGAAUACUGAUGGUGCAGUGGUCCUCCCAGCCAUAAGGGGUCAAAAGAUGGCAGAGCGGCUACCCUCCAUCUACAAGCUUAAGCUACGGCCGCGGAUCAGACCUCGUACCGACAACAGACCUGAUAACAGCACGUCACGCAUCCCUACUCCUGUAAGAUUCAGGAAUCAUUGUCCGCAGUCUCCUGCUAUCUCUUCCCCCCUUCAGACCCCACCACAAUCCCCAUGUUCAAACUGCCAACAUCAUCCAAACCCAGCCGCGAUCCCUAGUUAUGGGCUCUAGAGAACGUGCCUACUCUUCAGAACCCAGCGUGGACACAGAAGCCUGGAUAUAGUAAAACAUGGUGGUGUGGAGGAGGAUGAUGAUGUCUGUGAACCUUCUCUUUACAGUCAAUUUAGAGAGAAGAGUGGUUGAAAAAAGCACAUUUAUAAUGACAAAGAGACAAUGCACCUCUGACUGUUAUGGCUAACAUGUAGCUGGAUGCUGGAAUCCUAACUGUCAUUUCACUUGAGACAUAAAAUUGUCCUUAAGUGGUUAAGAACAUUACCAACUACAUUCUUUAGAUCUUUGACCAAAAUACAGACUCAUAGCAUCAUCUUGGCAUAAAAGGUUUUACCAAAGGCAGUGCCCUUCAAGUUCAUGUGAUCAUGGUACAUUUUUAAAACAGGUCAAUAAUCUCCAUGAGAACUUUUUUUUUUUUUUUUAAGGUUUAGUUCAGUUUUGUUUAAGUUUAAGAGAAACUUAACUUCCCAAUUUUAUCAAGAAAUGUUAAUAUACAGAGUACACUGUAUAAUUGGGGUGGUGUUUUAAACAUUUUUAAUAAGAGCUCUAGAAUCUCUAGAGCAAAUAAGAUGGAGUAGUGCAAACUUUUUGUUGUAAUUUUAUGUGCAUCUACUAGCAAGAUGGAUGCCUGUAUGACGUUUUCACCAGACUUCCAUGUCAUAAAAUAACAGUACACUUCUUUAGCCCAUUUAGCUAAACAGCACAUCAUAUCAAUUCACAUCAUAUUUACUCUGUUUAGAGGAUCUCUCAAAAACAUUAAUGAGAGUCCAUAAUCCAUAGGUUAUCGGCCUGCUUUACAUCACCUUGGAUAAAGAUUUAGGCAAAUAUGUUGUAUUUGUGUAUUAUUUUCUGUACAAACUACAAAGGGCAGUGUAUAGGUUUAUUUGUAAAAUAUGUUCAAUUUAUUAAAUGUUUGUUUAUGUGAUGUACAUAUAAUAAUUAAUUGAAUUUAAAAUGUAUGCUGUUUAUUUCAGUAUACUGAUUCUGCCUUAGCUAUGCAUUUUUGUUUUUGAAAGUUGCCUUGACUAAUCUAUUGCCUUAAAAGAUGAGAAGUUUGUUUGUGAAGUAGAGAUGAGGGAUGAUUUGUAAGUGUGUGAUUAGGUAUCUGGGUGGAUAAGUGUGUGUGAUAGUGAAAGUGUCUUUUCAUAGACCCUCUGCUUUUACCCCAUUGUUAACUCUGUGAGACAACAUAUGUGAGACAGCCAAUCACAUAUAUAAUAUAACUGUCUGUAACAUCAAUGUCUUGCUUUCUCAGCACACCUCUGCUUAGCAAGCCCCUGAUUAAUAAGAGGUCAAUAAAAUGUUUUCAGCUAGAUGGAAAUCUCUUAAAACUAUGUAUACAAAAGUAAAUCAUUUAAAAAAAUCCAUGAUUAGUGAUACUUUUCCACUGUGUCAUUACCACCUCCAGAAGCUAAGUAUCUAUCAGAGCUUUGUGAUGCCACCAAGUGGUUGAAUAAAUGAUCUACACAAUGCAACAUCCAUAUUGUUGUAAGGAAGAAAUGUGUAGUUUUGAAGUAAGGGAAAGCUUAAUCAGUUCUUUGUCUGUUGUUAACUUGAAUGUUACUUGCGAUAAAAAGUACAGUAUUCAUGCACACUGAAGAAAGUUAUGAUUUGUUUGUUUUAUAUUCAAACACUUCUAAUCUGACAGGUACUAGACAACUGCAUUUAAUAGGGAAAAAUUUGACUUAAAGAGUUACACUACACACGUUUAGGUUUGUCAUUGGAUUGUGUUUAUUUAUAUGAAAGGAGUAAGUCUUUAGGCCUUGGUAAUUGAUUUUGGGUAAAUUGUUUUGUCAUUAUGGGAUGAUGUUUUAUGUUUUUAAAUUAAUGGUUCAAUUGUUUACUUUGGUGAGUUCUCUUUUAAAGUCUUUAUACUGCCAUUUAUUUAUGAGCUCAAUUGUUUUAUCUAGAGAUAUUCUGAUGUUUGCUGUUUCAGUGAAUCAAAAAGGAGUCUUAGAGCAAAAAAAGUGGUAAAGAUGUUUAUGGGGUUGCAUUUCAGUGUUCUUUCUGACCUAAAGGACUGCAAAUACAGGAUUAUUAUCAUGACUGCUGACAGUCUUGUGUAAAAACUGCAAAACAAUGCAUCACUGCACAUUGCUUCUGUGUCCAGUGCCAUUUAAACAUCAGUACUGGCAUUUCAUACCUAGGUAUAAAUAAGGAUGGUAGAACAUGUUUGCUGUGCUUAUUUAAGUUAGUCGGACAUACCCUCCCAACUACUCACUGCACUGCGAUUCAGUUAUCUUUCCAGUAUAUAAUCAUUAACUGCCAUACAUUUGUACUGUUAACUUAUUUUGAGUUGCAUUUGUAUUACCUCUGUUUUGCUUUCCUACAAAAAUCUUACAGAAAAAAAGAAAUGUUUUUCUUCUGCAAUGACUUUCUUAAAAUUUAGAAAUUCUGAGAUAAUAUAUUGCAUGGUUGUUUUUUUCUUCACUAUUUACAUCACAUCUACAAGCCUGUAGGAUUCUUAUGCUUGCUUGAAAAAUCUUUUUUGCAUUGUGCAAAUGUGAUGUUCAGAUCUGAUCUACAAAAUGCAUGUCAAAUCUAUGACAUUCUCUGGUUCAAGUAAAUGAAAAGGCUGUUGGUUAAUAUUAAAAUGUGAAUGUCUUUAGAUUCACUUUAAUUUCCACAGUUAGAAUUUUUGGGUGAUAAAUCAUUUUUGUUCUCAGUUGUUGUUGUUUUGUUUUUUUAUGGUGACAAUAAAAUGUUAGUUCUUGACAUUGUGAAAUUUGUAUGUGUUGAAAAGCAAUAUUGCAAGACCAACAUUCCACUGUUCCUU